UCCAUAUUCUGCCUUUUGCAAGUUGUGGUCUUGGAUGUCCCUCCCCAGUCCUCUCAUUUCCUCUGCUGCAGGCUGUUCAUGGCACAGGUUCCUAAGUUGCAUGCUUACAAUCUUUCCCUUCCUAGAAUGGAUGUGUAUGUAUCGAUUCAAGGAUUGGCUUCUUGGAGACUUACUUGCUGGUUUAAGUGUUGGCCUUGUGCAAGUUCCCCAAGGCCUGACGUUUAGUUUGCUGGCAAGGCAACUGAUUCCUCCUCUCAAUGUCGCUUAUGCAGCUUUCUGUUCUUCGGUAAUUUAUGUAAUCUUUGGAUCAUGUCAUCAAAUGUCCAUUGGUACCUUCUCCCUCGUGAGCGCUCUGAUGAUCAAUGUUCUGAAAGUGAGCCCAUUCAGCAGUGGUCACCUGGUUAUGGGGACUUUCGUCAAGGAAGACUUUUCUGUCCCCUUCCUCCUUACGAACUAUAAUAAAUCCUUGAGCGUGGUGGCAACCACAACUUUUCUGGCUGGGAUUAUUCAGCUAUCAAUGGGCAUGAUGGGUUUGGGCUUAAUUAGCACUUACCUUCCGGAGGCUACAAUCAGUGCUUACCUGGCCGCUACGGCGCUGCACAUCAUGCUGUCCCAGCUGACUUGCGUCUUGGGGAUUAUGAUUAGUUUCCACGCUGGUCCCAUCUCCUUCUUCUACAACAUUAUUAAUUAUUGUAUGGGACUCCCAAAAGCUAAUUCCACCAGCAUUCUGCUAUUUUUAACUGCUAUUGUUGCUCUGAGAAUCAACAAAUGUAUCAGAAUUUCUUUCAAUCAAUAUCCCAUUGAGUUUCCCAUGGAAUUAUUUCUGAUUCUUGGCUUCACUGCAUUUGCAAACAGGAUAAGCAUGGCCACAGAAACCAGCAAGACACUCAUUGACAUGAUUCCAUACAGCUUCGUGUUUCCUGGAACGCCAGAUUUCAGCAUUCUUCCCAAGAUCAUUUUAGAAGCCAUCUCUUUAUCUUUGGUGAGCUCCUUUCUGCUCAUUUUUCUGGGCAAGAAGAUUUCCAGUACUCAUAACUACAGAGUCAAUUCCAACCAGGAUUUACUAGCCAUUGGACUUUGCAAUGUCGUCAGUUCAUUUUUCAAAUCUUGUGUGUUUACUGGUGCUGCUGCCAGGACUAUUAUUCAGAAUAAAUCUGGAGGAAGACAACAGUUUGCAUCUCUGGUAGGCGCAGGUGUGAUGCUGCUCCUGAUGGUGAAGGUGAGACACUUAUUCCAAGAACUGCCAAAUGCUUUGCUGGCUGGUAUUAUUCUGAGCAACGUCCUUCCCUACCUUGAAACCAUUUACCACCUACCCAGUCUAUGGAGGAAGGACCAAUAUGACUGUGCUAUUUGGAUAGUGACAUUCUUAUCUGCUAUUUUCCUGGGACUGGACGUUGGACUACUUAUUUCAUUAGUUUUUACUUUCUUCAUCAUCACUGUUCGUUCACACAGAACUCAGAUUCUUCUCCUGGGUCAAAUCCCUAAUACCAACAUUUACAGAAGCAACCUGGACUAUGGCGAGAUUAUCAGCAUUCCUGGGGUAAAAGUCUUCCAGUGCUGCAAUGCUGUUACAUUUGUGAAUGUUUACCACCUAAAACACAAGCUGCUAAAAGAGGUUGAUAUGCAAAGGGUGCCUCUUAAAGAAGAAGAAAUUUUUGCCUUGUUCAAUCAAAGUGAUGCCAACCUACGGGAAGAAAAGAUCUGUAGGUGUUUCUGCGACUGUGAUGAACAGGAGCCACCACCCAGGAUUGCUUACACAGAACGAUUUGAAAAUAAAGCAGGUCGCGAUUCAUCCUCCGUUAACCUGAUUCGCUGCUCGCGUUUCAAUAGCCGGAACACGAGCCAAAGUACAUCCGAUGACCAAGUCCCAUACACGGUCUCUGCUUCAUCUCAAAGAAAUCAAGGGCAAAACUAUGGGGAUGUGGAGGACGUUUGCCUUGAGAAGGAACUCCCCAGACUCAGCUCCCUGCCAGUGGACGACACUGCUGAAAGUCAGGGGAGGAGCAGAUCGCUUAUCCCUUGCUCAGAUGAGUUUCUGCCACCCACCCACACCAUCAUCCUGGAUUUCUCCAUGGUGCAUUAUGUGGAUCCAUGGGCUUUGGUCAUAUUAAGACAGAUGUGCAAUGCUUUCCAAAACGCCAACAUUUUGGUGCUCAUUGCAGGGUGUCAUUCUUCCUUGCUUGGCUCUGGGAUCGUCCUCCCAGAUCCCAUUACUGCCAGAAAUUAUCUCUGAAUUCCCUAUCCAGGCUCCCCUCAUUUCACCUUCAGCAUAUAUUCUAGUGAUGGGUUUCCUUCUUCACAUACCUUGUAUCUCUGGGGUUUGUGCCAGACCAUCUCUAACUUACACCUCUCAUCUCUGUUCCCCUUUCUUCAGAGAGAUGAGACUCGAAUAAAAUAUAUAACUUUAGUUACAUUCGGAUCCUUCUUGCAUCUCCUCUCU